CAUUCUGCAGAGAAAUUAGAUCGUGAGCGCUUAGUGAUUCUUAAAUAUGAUUGGUUCUUGCAUUUAGAUCUUCGCUAGAUCUAAAUGCAGAAUUAGCUAAUAAUAAUAUCAUAAUAAUGAAUAUCAUAAUAAAGAAUUAUUAAGCAUUCACUGACUGUUUUCUUUGCUGAACGCAGCCAAUGUCAUAUUGCCGCGAGUUUCAUUGUCAGUGCAAGAGUUCGUUCCGUCAAUCGUUCUUUUAGUAAGAAGAUACAGGUAGAAGAUACAGUAAGAAGAUACAUACAGGGUAGUUUGUCCGAAGCAAUUAAUCAAACUGCUAUAAAGAAAAGUAAGAAAUGGAAGUGGCAGGUGGCAUUCAAUGGUUAGAGCAGGCACAAACGAAAAUUAUGAAUGAUGAUAAUUCAGAUCGCGUGAAACAUGAUAAUAUCCAAAAUACUGUGAAAGAAACUAUAUCAAGUGCAAGAAAUCAAAGCGACAAUAUUGAUGAAUACGUAAAAGAUGUAAACGAACGUUACGAACUUGCAGAGGCAAGAAGCGCCGUUAAACAUAUCGAAUAUAUUAUGAAAUAUAUUGUCGAUGAGAAUUUUGUGUACCCGAAGGACUAUGACAAAUGGACGAACGAUGAAAAAUAUGAAUAUGCAAUAGAUAGCAUUAUAAAAAAAUCUAUCCCAAAUAUACCAGACUCCGUAUCCUAUCUUUUACCGGCCGUAAAGUAUCGGGGAGAUUGCGGUCGAAAUUCAACGGACAAGCCGCUCUGGUUAGACAUGGAAAUGUUCCAGAGAGGUCAAAAGUUCGUGCGAGACCAUGAUUUCUCGAAUUUCGUCGCUAACGCGUUGUCGCUUUUCGUGAUAUUCUCUUCCACAAAUGGUCUUAAACCGUUAAUCUUCAGCCGACAAUCUCACACGCCGUAUUUAGCGUUCAAGAGGUACGUAUCCACGGCUUGUCGUGUAACAAAUUGGAUGACGUACGAUCCGUGGACUGUUGGCACGCGAGCCUACAACGACGUGCAAGCUGUGCGCAGAAUGCAUCGUGCGGUGCGAUUGCAACUCUGCGAGCGCGACGAUGUGGAGAUAGAUAUGGCCUGUAAAAUUCGAAAUCCAUGGUGUCCGGACAGAGAGACAAUUUUAGAAGACUUUUCUUCCUGUCCAGCUUUAAUGAAAAACGGUAUAAAUAUAUGUGAAAUAAUCUCACAAUCAGCCAAAGGAUUGAAUCAAGCUGACAUGGCAGCCACGCAAUUCGCUUUUCUCGGGUUAAUUGUGUUGUACCCUCACGAGCUCGGCUUUCAUGCUAGCGAUGAAGAUAUGGCAGCCUUUUGUCACACAUGGAGAGGUCUAGGAUAUCUUCUUGGUAUGGAGGACCAAUAUAAUUUCUGCCGCGGCAGUCUGAAAGAGAUUAAGCAAAGAUCGCGCGACUUUGUCGAAUUUUUUAUGAAGCCCAGCUUGUUGAAAGUAACACCUGAAUGGGAACAUAUGUUGAGAUGCUUUAUAGAAGGUUCAGUUUACUUUGGUAAUAUUUGUUCUUUCAAAGUAUUUCUACUGUUCGUCACCGAUUUAUUAAACUUUGAUAUGCCACGUAUGCGAAGUACACUCACUUAUUCUGAACGGUUACUUCUUAUGCUCUUACGUUUUACACUUCGUUAUGCCUGUAAAUUACGAUUCGUAAGAGAAUGUUUGAAUAAGAUAUUUCAGAAGACACUCGAUAAAGCAGUCAAAGCUGGACCUGAAAAGCAUAAGAAAUUCAAGAAGAGAUCUCAAAAGCUUGUAGACGAGGAUUAAUAAUAUUUAAUGCAGACUCGGAGUGCAUUAUUGGGUAUUACUAUAUGUAGAUAUUAAAUAUUAGUGAGCAUUAAUAAGCAUUAAUAGAAUAAUAUAUAUUAACGAAAUAAGGCAAUAUUAGAUGAUGUUAACUUAUAUUAUGAAUAUUUUUCUGCAUUCUGAAAUCAUAAGAAAGUAUAAAAUAAUAGAAUAUAAUAAUACAAUGAAACGUAAUAAAAGAGGAAUAAAGGAGGAAGAAAGAGAAA